UCGUACCCCAAAAUGUCGGUGCAGUCGCUUGUCAGUCGUAAGAAGAAAAGUUUUAUUGGAUUACCAUCGCCACUUGGCUAUGUACCUGGCUUGGGUCGAGGUGCCACUGGCUUUACAACUCGAUCUGAUAUUGGGCCAGCAAGAGAUGCAGAUGACAUAUCUGAUGACCGCCAUGGACCGCCAAUAAAAAAAUCCAAGGAAGAUGAGAAGGACGAAGAGGAAGACUUGAAUGACGCAAACUACGAUGAGUUCACAGGCUAUGGAGGCAGUCUGUGUAGCAAAGACCCUUAUGACAAGGACGACGAGGAGGCCGACAUGGUGUAUGAGGCCGUGGACAAACGCAUGGACGAGAAACGUAAAGAACGCAGGGAGAAAAAGCUGCAGGAGCAGAUUGAGAAGUACCGACAAGAGAGACCUAAGAUUCAGCAACAGUUUUCAGAUCUCAAGCGAGACCUGGCUGAUGUAAGCAUGGAUGAGUGGCUGAACAUUCCCGAGGUCGGCGAUGCACGAAACAGGAAGCAGAGGAAUCCACGCUCUGAAAAGUUUACGCCCGUACCAGACAGUGUGCUGGGUCGAGCUGCUGCACAGGCCAGCACCAGCAGUGUCCUGUCAGAGAGAGAACAGAAGUACGGUGGUCUCACCACCCCAUAUGGGACCAUCACCCCAGGCCUCAGCACACCAGGGGGGGCAACCCCAGGAGACAUUGACAUGAAGAAGAUUGGUCAGGCCAGAAACACUCUGAUGGACAUCAAGCUGACCCAGGUAUCCGACUCAGUGAGUGGCCAGACAGUGGUGGACCCUAAAGGUUACCUGACAGACCUGCAGUCCAUGCUGCCAUCACAUGGAGGUGACAUCAAUGAUGUGAAGAAGGCCCGCCUUUUGCUGAAGUCGGUGCGCGAGACCAAUCCGAAACACCCGCCAGCGUGGAUUGCCUCUGCUCGCCUGGAAGAGGUCACAGGCAAGAUCCAGGCUGCGCGCAACCUCAUCAUGAAGGGCUGUGAGGAGUGCCCCAAGUCUGAGGACGUAUGGCUCGAGGGAGCCAGGCUCAUGCCGGGCGACCAGGCCAAAGCUGUGGUGGCCCAGGCCGUUAGACAGCUGCCUCAGUCUGUGAGGAUCUGGAGCAAGGCUUCUGAACUGGAGACUGAGCUCAAGGCAAAGAAGAAAGUCUACAGGAAAGCCCUGGAGAACAUUCCAAACUCAGUGAAGCUGUGGAAGCUGGCAGUGGAGCUUGAGGAGGAGGAGGAUGCCAGGAUUAUGUUAAGUCGCGCUGUCGAGUGCUGUCCCACCAGUGUAGAGCUCUGGCUGGCCCUAGCCCGCCUUGAGAACUACUCUAAUGCCCGUAAGGUGCUCAACAAGGCCCGUGAGAACAUCCCCACAGACCGACUCAUCUGGAUCAGUGCUGCCAAACUUGAGGAGGCUAACAACAACAUACCCAUGGUGGAGAAAAUCAUAGAGAGAGCGCUGAACUCUCUGCGUGCAAACAUGGUGGAGGUGAACAGGGAACAGUGGCUCAAGGACGCAGAGGACUGCGAGAAGGCAGGCAGUGUGUUCACCUGUCAAGCCAUAGUGAGGGCAGUGAUAGGUGUUGGGGUGGAGGAGGAAGACAAAAAGCACACCUGGAUGGAAGACGCAGAGGCUUGUGCAGUUCACGGGGCUAACGAGUGUGCACGGGCAAUCUACGCCUACGCUUUGUCUAUCUUCCCAAGUAAGAAGAGCAUUUGGCUACGGGCUGCAUACUUUGAGAAAAACUAUGGUACUAGGGACUCCCUUGAGGCUCUCCUACAGAGGGCAGUGGCCCAUUGUCCUAAGGCGGAGGUUCUCUGGUUGAUGGGGGCAAAGUCCAAGUGGCUGGCUGGUGACGUCCCGGCAGCUAGAAGUAUCCUCGCCUUGGCCUUCCAGUCCAACCCUAACAGUGAGGAGAUCUGGCUUGCUGCAGUGAAACUGGAGUCAGAGAACAACGAGUUUGAGCGUGCCAGGAGACUGCUGCAGCGUGCUAGAAACAGUGCCCCCACAGCUAGGGUGUUUAUGAAGUCAGUUAAGCUGGAGUGGUGCAUGGGAGAGAUUGACAAUGCCAAGACUCUGCUAGAGGAUGCCACCAAACACUACCCUGAUUUCCCUAAGCUGUGGAUGAUGAGGGGUCAGAUAGAGGAUCAGGCCGGCAGGACCAGUGAUGCCAGGGAGGCCUACAAUCAAGGGCUGAAGAAGUGCCCCCAUUCGGUGCCCCUGUGGCUGCUGCUCUCCCGCCUGGAGGAGAGGAUAGGUCAGCUGAUCAAGGCGCGGUCCAUCCUGGAGAAGGCCAGACUCAAGAACCCCCAGACCGCGGAACUCUGGCUGGAGGCUGUACGGCUGGAGAAUCGGGCUGGGAUGAGGAACAUUGCACAGAAUCUCAUGGCUAAAGCUCUUCAGGAAUGCCCCUCCUCCGGUACACUGUGGGCGGAGGCAAUCUUCAUGGAGCCCCGCCCCCAGAGAAAGACCAAGUCAGUGGACGCCCUCAGGAGGUGUGAACAUGAUGCCAAUGUGCUCCUGGCUGCAUCCAAGAUGUUCUGGGCGGAACGGAAGAUUGUGAAGGCUCGUGAGUGGUUUAACCGUACAGUGAAGAUAGAUCCAGAUAAUGGAGAUGCUUGGGCAAACUUCUAUAAGUUUGAGAUGAUGCAUGGAGAUGAGGAAUCCCAGAGUCAAGUCUGCAAGCGCUGUUUGGGUUCUGAGCCGCGGCACGGGGAAAACUGGUGUGCUGUCUCCAAAAACAUUGAAAACUGGCGGUUAAAAACUGACGAAAUACUGCCCCUUGUUGCCGAGAGUUUGGCGAUCCCAACAUAAGUUGUGCAAAAAUGUGGAGCAAGUGUGGAACUCCGCUUAAGAUACAUUGUUGAACGAAUUGCAUUUGAGUUGAGUGCAGUGUACGUCAGUGCAGAUGUACAAGACGAUGUACACGUAAGAUAAAAAAAGUAGUGACAGCGUUUCUUUUUUAAGUUGAUGAUUUUUUAUGUGUGAAAAUUCUGUAGAGAUCAGGUAACUUACUUUUGAACCAAUCUAUUUAAAUAAUUAUAUUAAGCUAACCUUAGCACAAUGUGCUUAUGGUGAGCUUUUGUAAUCACAUUUAAUCAUACAAUUACUUAUUCUUAUGAUAUCUUGACUGAGUUUGGAACUGGGUCAUGUAGGAUAAAAAAUAGGUAACUUUAAAUUAAAGAAAAAGCUUGUGAACACACUUGAGAGUCCACAUGUAUUGGCCAAUUUUCAUGAAACUUGGUCAGAACUGAACAUUUUCUAAUAUUAUGGCCAAGUCUGAAACUGGGUCAUGUGAGACUCAAAAAGUAUGUAACUACGUAAAAUGAGAUAAAAAGCUUUGAAACUCUAGAGGCUACAUUUAUCGCACAAUCUUCAUAAAACUUGGUCUGAACAUUUGUGCCAAUGAUAUCUAAGCCAAGUUUGAAACAGGUGCACUCCGAUCAAUCAUUAGAUCAUAAGAUGAAAUUCAAUCAAAAUCUUGUGAACAGGCAGAAUGCCACAUUUAUUGUCUGAUUGGGAUGAGCAUUGGUAAGAACAUUAUUAGCUGGGUUCAAAAAUGGGUCACAUAGUGUUAAAAUGUAGUAUUCUAGUUUUAAUAAAGAAAAGCUUGUGAACACUGUAGAGUCACAUUCUUAAUGAAACUUGGUCAUGGGAUUUGUCCAAAUGGUAUCUCAAAACUGGGACAAGGACUACACCACAUCAGAUUGAAGAAAAAGAUUGUGAGCACUUAAGUUGCGUUGAUUUUUCAAUCUUCAGUAAAGUGGGUUGUAGCAUUUAUUCUAUUAAUGUAUCUCAUACUGAGUCUUGUGGUUUGGUUAUAUUGAAGAAAAAGCUUAUGAACACUUUUAAACUCAUAAUUUUUUGGUGCUAUUUUCAUGAAAUUCGCUAAGGACACUUGAACAUUUUCAUGAAAUUCGCUAAGGACACUUGAACACAUUAUUCCUCAAAUGAUUUCACAGCCAUUUGAGAUAUGGUUCUGGUGCCUUUAACAACAUAAUACUCUGAACCACAAGAGGUCAGGCAGUUUUCUUAAUGUGGUAAUAUUAAAACCAAUUUACAACUCUAUAAGUCAUAUAUUUGACCCACUCCUAAUGAAACUUGAUCAGAACAUUGAAAAAUUGUGUUGUUAAAUCUGGGCUGUGAUUAAAAUAAGUAUGGUUGGUUCUGUAACAUUGAUGCCAUGUUGGGGCAGUUUUCCUUUAAAGUCUAUUGUUAGACCAUUUGUUAACAUUACCUGUACAUUCGAGUCUCAGCUGAGCGCCUUAUAGACUUUUCCCCUCUUGUUAUCAAAAGCAACAACAGUAUCGAAAAUUGUUGUUAGUUAACAAGCAUUUAAUUAAAGUGCUUAUGUGUGGGUAUAAAACUACUUGCCAACCAAGGCAUUAUACUUUGUCAAUGUUUGUCCUUUAUGUAAAUGAUUACAGUACUUAUGCUAUAUGUUAUGUGAUAUAUGCAUGCAUAUAAUUGUUGCAAUUGUUCUCUUUGAAGAGAAUAAAAAGUUAUUAAAACUGGAUUCAGACUUACACAAAGUGUCACUAUGGAAACCCACUUCAUAGAUAUAUCAUUAUUACUACAUGAUAAUGAACACUCAAGAAGCAAGUGUCUAAACAUGAGUGUUUCCAAUAAUGACACAGUUUAAACCUUUGGGCUGCUCUCUUGACAGAAUGGAAUGACAUUAGAUAUUAUCUCAUUACAAAUAUAAAUGAAUAAAAUAUACUGAAAGUA